AUGGCUCUUACUGGUAGCGACAUCUUUAAGAUCAUCUUUGCUAUUAUCCUCCCUCCCUUGGGUGUUUUCCUUGAACGGGGUUGUGGUGCUGAUAUACUCAUCAACAUUCUUCUUUGCUGUCUUGGUUAUGUUCCUGGCAUCAUCCAUGCUCUUUACAUCAUCUUAAAAUAUUAA